ACACCAAGAACAAACUUAGUUGGUUUCUAAGGUGCUACUGGACAAUUGUUGGAAGUGCUGUCAGGAAAUGCGCGGGGGGCGGGGAAUGGCGGGUUUUCCUGUUGGAAUAAAUUGGGAUUUCAAUCUCCGCAAGUUCGCCACGAGGAGCCGCAGCGACUUCCCCGCAAGAGGGCCGCUCCUGUGGAAUCCGUGGGUCUUCCUGGAUGCCCAUUUGUGCCCCAGCACGGCUUUUCCGCGCGCCUCCGACUGCGCACGAACAGGCAGCCUCUCUUCUCCGCAUCCCCCCUCAUCCCCGGGCUCUUCCUUCAUAAACUCGUCCACCAGCCUCCUCCCCUUCUCAACUUAGUUUCUUGCUCGCCCCGCGCUCUGGCGGGGACCCUCUCGUCUUUCAAAACAAAUACAAGCGCACCGUCGACGGAGCUUCUGUUGCUGGACUUACCCCCACCCCUCUCCUCCCUGCGUCCAAACGGCAAACAUCUCCUGCCGUUGAAUUCCUCUCGCGUGUUCACGUGUCCCGACAAGCCCGAAGUCCGCCCGCGUUUCAGUUUCGGUUUCCCUUCAUCUCUGCCUCUGACAUCUUUGAGCCACCGUGUCGUAGAAAACAGGCAGUCGGAAGACAGAAAGACUAAAGUACACUCAAGCUGAGAAGAGCGGAUUUACCAUUUAAUAACUGUGAGGCACCUGCCCAAAUUGCUGCUGGAGAAUGUCAGAAUUCCAAAGAAAUGCAGGAAACAUGCCUUCAGAGAAAGCUCUUGAUGAAGCUAUUGCUCAUUUUCUCAAAGAAUUCCCUGACAAGAAAAAAGAGAUUGAGGUGUGCAUCCAAUCCCUUCGGGAAAGGGCAGACGACAUUGACAAGACCCAUAAGGAUUGCACCAUUGCCAGCGUUACUGCCAGCUCUGCAAGUGCAGUUUCUGGUAUCCUGACCAUCGUGGGACUGGCCUUGACCCCUGUAACAGCAGGCGCAAGUUUAAUCCUGACAGCCACAGGCAUGGGCUUAGGGAUAGCGUCAGGAGUAACUGGCAUUUCUGCUGGUGUGUCCGAGAGCAUUAUUCAUUCAAUGGAGAAGAAAAAAUCGCAAGAACUGAUAAACGAAUGUGAGAAGAGCCUAAGAAUGGCGCUGAGCCUCGAGAAAAUUGGUUUCAAGUCUCAACUGCCCCCAGAUAACGCUAAUCUGGAAGUAGCCAAAACGGCAAUCACUUCGAGUUGUGCUGUUGCUAGGUUCAUUCCAACAGUGGUUGACAAAGCGACAGACAUUGCAGCAAAUGUAGAGGCAUUGGCAGUGGCUAGCACUAAUCCUGCCUUGAAGGGUUUGGCCAAGGAAGCAAGUACAGUAGGGACCGUAGCCAGGAGUGCAAUCAAGGGGAUUGAUCAGGUCGAUGAGGCAUUUAAAGGAACCGCCCUCGCAGCGAGCAAGACUGCUAGAGUGGCAGGGGCCGUGGCGUCUGGGGUUUUUCUUGCAGUGGAUGCUUACUUCAUUACUAAGGGUGCCAUAGACUUGUCAAACGGGGCCAAGACAGAAAAGGCAGAUGAGCUCAGAGCCAAGGCUAAUAAGUUGGAGGAGAUGGUGCAGAACCUGACAAAGUUCUACAUGGAACUGAAAGAAGAAUGGGACUGA